UUACACUUUGCACAAUGCAGUCUGGAAAGUACCAUUCUCCUGGCAACCACCAAACCCAAACACAUCCAUCAGAUUGCCAGACAGAGAAGCGUGAUUCAUCACUCCAGAGAAUACAUCUCCACUCCUCUAGAGUCCAGUGGCGGUUGGCUGAGUUGCUGUUGUUCCCAGUUGCUUCCACUUUGUUACAUUACCACUACCAGCUGACUGUUGAAUACUUAGCCAAAAGGAAAUUUCACAGAUGGACUUAUUGCACAGGCGGCAACCUAUCACGGUACCACGCUUGAAUUCUCUGAGCUUCUGGGAGCAAUCCAUUCUUUCAAAAAUGUUUGUAGAAGCAGUCUGCAUGCCUA